UCAGCUCGUAAGCCUGAAGCCGCGCGGAGAUACUUUCCAUAGGGGUCCUUCUUUGCCGACAGUUUCGAGUUUAAUAAAAGAUAAAACAUAAAACAGACAUGGAGUUUAUUAACUAAGAUUAAGUAAAAUACAUCGUUACAGUGACAAGCCAACAAAGAAAAUCUUAAAAACUUUAUAUAACCAAGCAUCAGAGUCCCUGCCGAAAGGUCAAUUAACUGAAGCGUGCAGUCAAUAAAAUUCCAGUUAACCUAACGCAACAAAACAGCCAAAGCAAAAGGAAUGAGUAAACAGUUCUCAAAAUACAUUUACAAUCUACGAAAAAAAACGAAAGCAAAAUGAAACAAGUUUAAAUUGCACUGGACUGGCAACUUCCGCUUCCGUUGAGUGCUUCAAUUUCAGUUUAAUGUUAACUCCGACAAAACCCAAAUUGACAAGAACAACCGACCCAAAAUAAAGCGAACGUAAACCAGGAAACAACAACACACAAAAAAGUUUUUUGUCGCUUGCCUCGACUGCACUCGAAACAAAGAAAGUCCCGGAGAUGCGAAAGGGAUAAACUGCAUAAAUCAACGCCACUGCCAAAGCCAAGAGCAACAAUAACUGGAAGCAAUUAAUUUUAUUCAAACAAAAGAAAACAAUAAGGACGACGACAAAAAAUGGAUUACGGCUGGCUGAUGUUUCUGUUCAUCGCACUUUUAAUUGACUUCCCAAUAGCUUCCGCCCUGUUCGUGACGGAUAUAAGUGUGCCCGAGAUUGUGGACUUCCGGGACAAUGUGACCCUAUCUUGCAGCUACGAUAUGCGAGGUCACACGUUAAACUCGGUCAAGUGGUACAAGGAUCAUGAGGAGUUCUUUAGAUAUUCUCCUCUGACGAGUCCGAUUUACAUGACCUUCGGGGUUCCGGGACUGCAAGUGCUCGACGGGAAAUACCUGUGCAACGAAUCGAGCUGCAGGCUGGAAUUGAGUUUACAAGGUGCCAAAUCUACGGGACUUUACAAGUGCGAAGUGAGCGGCGACGCCCCUCAUUUUAAACUUGCGGACAAGGCGGACAACAUGACGGUGGCAGCCUUGCCCCAGAUCGAUCCGCUAAUCGAGAGCUUUAAUUCGAUGUACCGGAUGGAGGAGUUCCUCAGCGCCACCUGCUCCUCGGAUUACUCCAGUCUACCCACACGGCUCACCUGGUUCAUCAAUGGCGAACAGCCCCUUCUGGGGGAACUGCAUCCCACCACCGACACGAGCAUAGCGGCCCACGAUUAUGUUCUGCGGCGGCAGCGGCUUCAGGUGCACUUCUACUUGCAGGGCCAACGCUUCUUCCAGGCCGGGAAAAUCCUGGAGCUGAAGUGCGUAGCGGAAAUUGAAAAUUAUCCGGAGCUGAAGCGCGAAAAGACGCUCAGUGCGUCGCUGUCGCAAUUUGACAAUUUCAACAAUCAGAUGCCGCUGAGACAUGCGAAUGCAAACUCUGGGGCGACACAAUGGAGCAGCCUUAGUGGCAGGACAUCGCUAAUUUCCGCAAUACUGGCAGCAGUUCUACUAAUUCACUGUUUGCGUCGCCUUUCAUGAACACUGAAAACUAUCAGGAAAUCGGAAUUGCAGCAAGAAUUUAAGUUUCUGCGUUGGGAGUGAAAAACGCCACGUAUGGCAACUUUGUCAACUAUAUCAUCACGUUAGUUAGUCAGUCAGUUAGUCACCUAGUUAGUUAGUUAGGAUAACAGACAAAGGUAAGACCGCGAACUAGUGAAUAGGAAAGCUUUUAAGAUAAUAUAUGUACAUACAAUUUAAGGGUUAAGGACAAAAGUUUUGAAGGUUAUAAAUGCUCAAAAAGCAAAAAAAAAUUAACAUCACGUUGUUUUAAAUGCAGUAAGCAUUUGUUCAACUUUAUUUCUGAUAAAUAAAGUUAUGUGAACAAAGUUCGAAGUUAAUAUUAAUAUAUUAAAUUGUUUCAUUAAAUGGUUUUAGCAAUGAAAAAUAUUCUUUAUGACAAUGUUGCGUUUUUGAUUGGAACCAAAUUAUUUUGUCAUAAUAACAUAAUAAAAAUAUUAAUUAUGGAUAAUAUUUGCUAGUAUUCAUUAAAUAAUAAUUUGCAAAAUCAGAAGUUCAGAAACGGUUGUAUAGGUUUUUUCCAUAUUCAAAAUGUUAACACAAUGCUUGGUGUGAAAACACGUAAUUCUCUUCAUUUUAAGUCAUGUUAUUCUUGUAAAUUAAUAUUUUCAUGUCAGUUAGUUUGACAAGCAUUACGAAUAAAAAAAAACUGAAAAUUAAAUCGAUAAAAAACUGCCAGAAAAAAUUGAUUUACCUGCCUGACACUGAUACUAGCCAAAAUAAGUCACUCUUCAACAAACCAAUCGAAUUUCCAAUAUAUGUAUAUAAGCGUAAUUUUUUCGAUUGUUGUUCGGCAUUUGAUUUUCAUUCGAAGUGCACAUGAAACCAUUUUCGAGCAAAUAUAUCCGCGCACUUCCCAUGCCAAGUAUUGGGAAAAGUAUAAAAAAUAACACAUAUGAAACACCAUAAAAAAUAAGUGAACACAUAAAAAAGAAAUAACGAAAUGAAUUGCGAUUUUAUCAGUAAAAACCCAGAAUGCAGAUACUGUAAAAACCACUAUAAUUAAGUCUAGCAUAAAUAUGUUGUAAAUACAUUUUAAACAUUUAAAACAGAGGACAAACAACUAUAAAUCAUGUCACUUAGCCAGAAUCAACCAAAUACGUAUGUAUAUAAAGCUAUUCGCUAUAUAACUCAGCAUGUAUUUACUCAGGCCGACGUAAAAAGCGAACACGAAAAUUAAAUAGCUAGUGAAACGAAGUAAAAACGCAAUAAACAUUUCAUUUAGCUGAGCGACUACAAAUAGAGAGUAAUCAUUAUCCGCUGGGUCAAAGCCCUCUAAAAAAAGAUCUGGUAACAGAAGGCCAACUAAUAAAUACAUAUUAUAUAUUGUACUUCGGUAUAGUAAUGAAAUGUAACCUGGACGUUUCUGAAAUCACUUUUUUAUAUUCAGUUUACACAAUUAAAAUAAAACUCAGUGUGUAUAAUGGGAAAGCAUGCAAAAUAUAAAAUAUAAAUGUAUAAAUUAAUUUACAUACUUAUUCGCACUUCUUUCGGUUGUAAAGAAUAAAAAACACACACGAUAAAAUGGAUAUAAACGAGAGUAAAUAACGAUAAUGUAUAUAAAAGCAUUUACUUUAGUUUUUCAUUUUGGCGAAUGGCCAUUAAAUUUUGUAAAAUAAUUGAAAAU